CAUUGAACCAAAACAUAUUUCAAACAAAAAAAGGAAUUCAGAAAGUUUAAGCAGACAUGAUGACAAUUCAAGUGAAAAAUGUUAGUAGGCUAUGUCAUGCCAAACCUAUUGUUACAGUUAAUGGGAUGUACCCUGGACCAACCCUAUACGUCCAGGAAGGGGAUAGAGUUCUUGUUAAUGUUACAAACCACGCGAAAUAUAACAUUUCAAUUCAUUGGCAUGGAUUGAGGCAACUUCACAAUGGAUGGGCAGAUGGACCAGCUUAUAUUACACAAUGCCCCAUCAAGACAGGGAAUAGUUAUGUCUAUGAUUUCAAUGUAACAGAGCAGAGAGGAACAUUGUGGUGGCAUGCACAUAUCUUUUGGCUUAGAGCCACUGUCCAUGGGGCCAUUGUCAUCAUGCCCAAACAGGGGACCCCUUUUCCUUUCCCUCAGCCUUACCAAGAAACAAACAUAAUUUUAGGAGAAUGGUGGAACAAUGAUAUCGAAGAGCUUGUUAAACAAGGCAACAAGCUUGGAUUGCCCCCUAAUGCUUCAAAUGCACACACAAUCAAUGGAAAGCCAGGGCCAUUGUUCCCUAGUUAUGAAAAACAUACAUUUGCAAUGGAGGUUGAACAAGGAAAGACAUACCUCUUGAGAAUAAUCAAUGCUGCAAUCGACGAUGAACUCUUCUUCGCCAUUGCUGGCCACAACAUGACAGUGGUGGAAAUUGAUGCAGUUUACACCAAGCCAUUUUCAACAAAUGCAAUACUAAUUGGACCAGGGCAGACCACAAAUGUUCUUGUUCAAGCUACAAAAGCCCCCAAUAGAUAUUUCAUGGCUGCUCGCCCAUUCAUGGAUGCACCACUCCCCAUAGACAAUAAAACUGCCACUGCCAUACUUCAAUACAAGGGUGUUCCCACCACUGUCCUCCCUACCCUUCCCCUGCUGCCAGCCCCUAAUGACACUGCCUUUGCCUUGAGCUACAAUGCCAAACUCAGGAGCCUAAACACUCCACAAUACCCAGCAAAUGUGCCUCAACAAGUGGACAGGCAUCUGUUUUACACAAUUGGUCUUGGGAAGAACCCAUGUCCAACAUGCCUCAAUGGGACAAAAGUCACUGCAUCGUUGAACAACAUCUCAUUUAUGAUGCCCCAGAUCGGCCUUCUUCAGGCUUAUUACUUCAAUAUCACGGGAGUGUUCAGGACAGACUUCCCAGACAAACCUCCGAUACCUUUCAAUUACACCGGAGCACCACUGACGGCCAACCUUGUCACCAAUCUAGGCACCAGAGUUAGCAAAAUUGCCUUCAAUUCAACAGUUGAGUUGGUUCUACAAGACACCAAUCUUCUGAUUGUCGAAUCCCAUCCAUUUCACCUUCAUGGUUACAAUUUCUUUGUGGUUGGGACUGGAAUUGGCAACUUUGAUCCUAAAAAAGACCUAGCUAAAUUUAACUUGGUUGAUCCUCCUGAGAGAAACACAGUUGGAGUACCCACUGGUGGCUGGACUGCCAUAAGGUUCAGAGCUGAUAAUCCAGGAGUGUGGUUCAUGCACUGUCAUUUGGAGCUUCACACUAGCUGGGGUUUGAAGACAGCAUUUGUGGUAGAGGAUGGAAAAGGACCUGACCAAACUGUUCUGCCUCCUCCAAAGGACCUUCCUCCUUGUUAAAAGUGGCUAUUGCUGAUAACUAUUUCCUGCAAAGCACAGGUGUUGAAUGGAAGGAUGAAAUUUUACUUGAAUGAGAAUGUUUAAAACUUUUAUCAAAUUCUUUGAAUUGUAAUUGCCAAGUAAAAAUGUUGUUUUGUG